UCGCACCAAACUCACCUACUCACCUGCUUCAGUAGAGGCGGCACGACUCUCUCGGAAGGAUGGACGCCUCCGAAAGCAGUAGACUGAGCGAUGGAAUCGAUGCCCCACUGUGGAUGUUCUGGAAGCGACGCCGGUACAUCGUGGUCCUGAUGGCGUUCCUGGGCUUCCUGAACAUGUACACGACGCGGGCGAAUCUCAGCGUAGCGAUCGUGGCGAUGACCGAAAAUACGACGGUGGUGCAGCCGGAUGGCAGCGUGAUUCAGAUCCAGGAGUUCGAUUGGAGCUCAACGGUUCAAGGUUACGUUCUAAGUUCAUUCUUUUACGGGUACCUCGUAGCGCAUCUACCGGCUGGGAUCCUCGCGAACAAGUUUGGAGCAACAAAUAUGAUCGGCACCGGAAUCGGAGUGACUUCCGUCCUAGCCCUGCUGACACCUCUGGCAGCUCGCGCUGGCGUCGGUUAUCUCAUCGCCACCCGGAUACUUCAGGGAAUGUCCCAGGGCGUGAUCAACCCGUGCAUGCACACCGUAUGGUCACGCUGGGCACCUCCCAGUGAGCGAUCCCGCAUGGUUCUGCUGGCGUUUGCAGGCGUAUUUGUGGGGACAAUCUUGGCGAUGCUUCUCAGCGGAGUCAUUGCAAGCGCUUGGAGGUGGGAAGGUGUCUUCUACAUCUUUGGAGCGUGCAGUUUUGUUUGGUUUGUGGCAUGGUUCCUGUUUAUACGGAAGUCACCGGAGGAGGAUCGCUUCAUAACGCCGAUGGAGAAGCAAUUCAUUCUUCAGAGUUUGGGAUGCGUUGAAGGUCACCAAAAGAUCAAGCACCCCUGGAAGGGUAUCCUUACGUCGAAAGCCGUCUACGCCAUCAUCAUUGCCAACUUCUGCCAAAACUGGGGCUUCUACAACAUGCUAACGCAGUUGCCAUCCUUCCUGAAGGACGCCUUCAAGUUCUCCGUCCAAACCUCCGGUUUUGUCGCAGCGAUCCCGUACUUCGCCAUGGCCUUAACGCUCAGCCUCGCCGGAUACCUUGCCGAUUGGUUCCAGAUCAAAGGAAUCCUCACGACCACCCAAGUUCGGCGGAACUUCACAUGUGGAUCCUUCCUCACCCAAGCCAUCUUCAUGGUCACGGGUGUACUCCUGCUGGAGACCGUACCCACCGUAGCUUGCAUCACGAUCGCGAUCGCGAUGGGUGCGUUCGCGUGGUCCGGAUACGCCGUAAACCAACUCGAUCUGUCGCCGAAGAGUGCCGGACUGCUCGCUGGAAUGUCCAACUCGCUGGGAACCGUCGGAGGAAUCGUGUCCCCCAUUGUGACGGGAUAUCUCACCAAGAAUCACACCGGAGAAGAGUGGACCUCGGUGUUCUAUAUCUUGUCGGCGAUCUAUCUGUUUGGGGUGGUGGUCUACUGGUUCUGCGCUUCCGGUGAGCUGCAACCGUGGUCCAUCGAGAUGCAGGAACGAAGGGCCAUGGAAAAACAAGGCUACGAAAAUAAAGCAAGCGUCCAAGAUUAAACAAGAUCUUUUUACUCCCG